AUCACGUGGCUGGGCCUGAGAGCGACUACCCAUGGCCUCUGACGGAGGACGAGCCCAGGUCACCCGCCCUGGAGGACGACCUACAAGGAGCAUCAGCCCGGCCUGGCCACCCACUCACCCACCAAUUGGCCGAGAAGGUGUGGUCGAGGCUGGCCGCCCUGGCCCAAUCGGCCCACCUGCCACAGCCCCGGCUCGGCCUGGCCCAGCCCCUCGACCCCUUGCACUCAGCCUCUACCCUCAAGUAUCUACACGAGGGCGACCUGUUGAGGCUGAGGCUCCUCUUGGAUGAGGUCACCCUCGAGGGCCUCAACUCCCUCUCAGUACAGGAGGUAAGUUUUAAAGGAGCGGACUCAGAGGAGGACGAGUUCCCACCUGCGUUCCGGCGCCACACACCAGGUCAGGUCAGGGACUGGUUAAAAGAUGACCUCGUCAUGCACCACAAGGCCUUCCCCAGUGACUGGAACAUCGAACAGGCCGAAGAGUCACCCACGAUGUCGUCUACUGGAGUUGAAGAACAGCGCGAGGUCAAACGAGGUCGGGGGAGCAAGAAGAGGCCUCGCGGGCAGAAGAAGAGGCCUCGACCCCCGGCCACGGCGGAGGGGGUGGUCAGGGUGGCGUUCACGCAGGUGAGAGUGAGGGCCAAGUACCAGGUGAGGGGCAGCGCCGGGGGGUUCCUCACCUUCAGGGAGAAUGGAGACUUGGACCUCACCGCCCCGACCAUCUUCCUCACCACCCGCCUCAACCUCACACUCCCUCACCCGCCCUCACACCGACGCAGGACACAAAGACACGCCAGGGUGAAGGUGCUGUGGUUAAGGUCAGAUGUGACCAUCUCCACCACCACCCUACUGCUCCAGCCCGAGGCCUACCCUCCAGAGUGGGUCAGGCAACAGGUCCAGACUAAGCUGGAGGAGCUGUCGAGCGACCUGAGCCACGGUCACGGUGCUGUUCGAUUACUGCUGCGGCGCUGGGGCAAGUUGCUCAAGAAGCUCAUUCAACGUACGGCUCGAGCAAUCACCAAGUGAACCCCUUGCGGCGUCGUCGUCUCUUGCCCCCUGGUGUAUGCCUGGGUAAUAUCUCCACAUGUACUACGUCGUCUCACUGGGAAACGUUGUACAGCACCUUGUGUAGCCUCCAGUUGAAAGUUAUUUCUAGUGUGUACGUCGUAUCACAGGUGUGUGUUGUGCUACUGGUGUACAUACUAUAGGUUUAUAUCGUGAUACACGUGUACAUCGUGCAACAGGUGUACAUCAUGUUAAAGGGUUGUCACCUAUACAUGUGCGUUCCAUCAUUGAGUAAGUUGCCAACUUCCCGUGAGCGUCUCUGAAGCAGUGAGCUCUCCACCUUUGCAAAUUGAAACUGAAAUUAGUUUAUUGAGGUAAAAUUCACACAAAGGGAUGAGGUAGCUCAAGCUAUUCUCACCCCGUUCAGUACAUCGUGUUAAUACAUACAUAUACACACAUCACAAACAAUCUUUGCAAUGUACAGUGAACACAUUCAACGUACUAAAUAUAGUUUAUACAUUCACGAGUGGGAAAAGGCCUGUAAAUAAAAUAAUUACAAAAUAAAUGACUCAACUGAUCAGUAAGAUGCAAGAAAUACUGGUGAGAACACUUAGUGGGACUGUAAGAUGUUUACACGAAGGUGAAUAUAUACUGAUAGAGAGAAAGCUUGAUUGGUUUAACUUAAUUGUUAUAAUUAUGUUUCUGCAUAGGUGGUGUCGCCUAUAAUCAAAUCCUAUACGGAUCUUCAGGCUAAGUAGAAACAAAAAUAUUUGUGUAAAUGAGUUUUCUGUUGACUUAUUGAAGUAACAGAGUACCGUAUAUUACUAAUAAUAAAGUUUGACUAAAGGCAAUAAUAAAAAGAAACACUGCAAACAAUGCUGGCAUUGAAAGUGUAUGUAAAUGAAUACAAGAUUAACAGUAAAGUCAGAGUGAAUGGUACCAAUUGUGUAUGUGUGUAGAGGAUUACUCUGUAGUCAGUAGUGUGAGGAGGAUUACUCAGUAAAAUGAGGAGGCGUACUAUGUAGUCAGUAAAUUGAGGAGUAUUACUCUGUACUCAGUAAAAUGAGGAUUGCUCUAUAGUCAUUAAUGUUAGGAGGAUCACUGUAGUCAGUUAUGUGAUGAGGAUUAUUCUGUAGUCAAUACUGUGAGAAUUAUUAUUUUAUAGUCAAUCAUGUGUGGGCGAAGAUUCCUCUGUAGUCAUUAACGUUUGAGGAGGAUUAUUCUGUUGUCCGAAAUGUGAGAUUUAUUUUGUAGUCAAGUUAUGUGAGGAGGAUUACUUUGUAGUCAGUAAUAUGUGAGGAGGAUUACUCUGUAGUCAGUAAUAUGUAAAGAGGAUUACUCUGUAGUCAGUAGUAUGUGAGGAGGAUUACUUUGUAGUCAGUAAUAUGUGAGGAGGAUUACUCUGUACUCAGUAAUAUGUGAGGACUACUCUGUAGUCAGUAAUGUGAGGAGGAUUACUCAGUAAUCAGUAAUGUGAGGAGGAUUACUCUGUAGUCAGUAAUAUGUGAGGAGGAUUACUCUGUAGUCAGUAAUAUGUAAGGAGAAUUACUCAGUAGUCAGUAAUAUGUGAGGAUUAUUACUCUGUAGUCAGUAAUAUAUGAGGAAAAUUACUCUCUAGUCAGUAAUAUAUGAGGAGGAUUACUCUGUAGUCAGUAAUAUAUGAGGAGAAUUACUCUCUAGUCAGUAAUAUGUGAGGAGGAUUACUCUGUAGUCAGUAAUAUGUGAGGAGGAUUACUCAGUAGUCAGUAAUAUGAGGAGGAUUACUCAGUAGUCAGUAAUAUGUGAGGAGGAUUACUCUGUAGUCAGCAAUAUGUAAGGAGGAUUAUUCUGUAGUCAGUAAUAUGUGAGGAUUACUCAGUAGUCAGUAAUGUGAGGAGGAUUACUCUGUAGUCAGUAAUCUCUCUAAAGCAAACACAUGCGGGGCAAUAGCUAACUGGCAGGUUCCAGUGCCAGAUCUCGCACCAUUCACUCAUCAUAUUUCCACAAAAUAUGCCACAAUGUAUCUAACUUAUUUAGCACUAAAUGAUCAUGGACAUGUUGGGAUUCAUGUAAUAUGCACUUAUGGGCCUAAAUAAUACAAUUUUGUAAAUGUUUCCAAAGAAAAAUAGAUAUCUAGUAGGCCCUUUAUGUUUACAGUAAUGCAGAGGUGUCUGGCAUUUCUGUCAGACACAAAUAUACCGAUGUAUAUUGUUGAUGCAAUAUACCGAUGUAAAUAUCUUCCUACAUAAUUUGUGCUUUUCCUUCAAUAUCCUUUGUACAAGACUAUGGACAAAGUAUCAUGUUUCACACAAUGAUAAUAUAACAUUAUUCAUGGUGGUAAUAAUCCAUAAAAAUCAUCUACCAUUUUACAGGACAUACAUAACCUUAAAACUCCCAAAGAUGUCUAAUGACCUUUUGAGAUAAGAAAAUUUGUUUAGCUUAAAACAAGAGAGCCAUGUGAUGUUCCUCAUAUUUUAAAUAUGCUUCAUCUUCAGUUAACAGUGUUAUCAAUGUAUAAAGCAUUGACUUACCCUAUUAGUUUUCCCUGGAACACAACUUGCUAAUCGGUUUACAAACAGUUCUUCAAUUAUUGAAGGAUGAACAGUGGUGAACAGUUAAGAAUUGGAGCCUCGUAUGUUUCUCCCUUUUACUGUAGCAUAUGAUGAUGUACAAUUUCAAAUCCGAUGUGAAACAUUGCCUACAAUCUAAAUAAUGAGUAACAAUGACGUGUGCUAUUUACACGUGCACAUUCACAUUUCUCGUGUACAAAUGGAGAUGGCUUCAUUUGACAAUUAAAGCAGGUAGAAUUAUUCAACAAAAUAUUACUUAAAAUAUUUCAGUCCUUAGCUAAGUCAUCCAAGUUGUGAAGAGGUUCAGCGAUGAAAAUGUUAAAUUAUAUUUCUAAUACUGUAUACUAACAAAAUGAAAUCAAGACAAUUUGUAGCACAGUGCUUAGAGCAGUGACUCACAGCUAAUGUCAAUCAGAGUUCUAUUCUUCAAUAAGGCUAGCUAUUUGGAUACAUAAAUUCGUACUCAAAAGUCAGGCGACUUGUGUGUUGCAGCAAGGGUAUGAUUAAUCAUCGGUUAGGGCAACAUCGAAAAGCUUAAUAGGCAUCCUGUCCCCAAUAUAAGACCAUAUAGAGGUGCUAUUUGCCAUAAUAUUGUCACAUGAUAUAGGAACCUUUAACAUAAUUGCAUAAUUCCUAGUUUCUCUGAGAAUCCUUACAUAGCACACCCAUGUUGCAAUGCUAUUCAACUCAAGGGUGUGCACUGUAAGGUAUUUUGUUAUUUAUACCAGAGUACAAUUAGGUUAGGGUCCAGUCACUAGCAAAACUAAACAAUUUGGUAAUGUGAUAUAAAAAUUCUGAAUUAUCCUAUGUUAACUUUAUUCUUCAGACACUCACUUAUAAUAAUAAUGAAAUUAUGAAAUGAAAGUUAAUAAUGAAACGUGGUACUUUUCACACCACCAAGGAAGUUCUUGUUUGUUUUGACAUGCUCAUUUUUAUAUUGUAUAUAAUAUUCAUUACUCAAGAACAAUGCUGAUUAGCAAAUUGUAAAGAAAUUGUAUUACUGGACACCAAUUUUAGUACAUUAAUGUUUCAGCUGGUAUACCUGUGUACAGUAUGUAUUGUCAUAUUUACCGUCGAGAGAAAGUUAACAAUUAAGUCAAGCCUUCAUGUAAAUACGAAAUCUAUGUAUUUGUGUCCUAUUUUCAGGGUACAACUGUACAGUGCAGUACUGUAUAGGCUUUUUCAAGCAAUUACAGUAUGUACGUCUUUUGUUAAAUGUAUUUAAUGCAGUACGUAUUAACAUGCAGCUGUAGAUUUCUGCUUUAUAUAAAUUUCUUUAUUAUUGAUAUUGUGCGUCACUCGUCAUAUUACACAUCUAAUGUAAUAAAUUAAAUUCCAAUCUGUGUACAUACUAUAUGUGUAUUCUAGUCUGUAUGUAUGAUGCAUCAUUUCCAAACAUGUUAUGCAUACCUUAAAUAUUCCUUGUGUACUUGUAUUUAAGUGUUGUGUGUACAUCUGAAUUAUUAAGACAUGCAAGCAAGUAGUGUUCACCUUAGUCCUAAACUAAACAAUGCACAGGACUAAGGUAUACUUGCUGGUUGGUUAGUAAAAUAAUGUCAUGGUCUUAAUAACUCUUUGAAGGUCCAUAGGUCUCGAGCCCAACACAAAAACAAUAAUGUAAACACCAUAAAUUCUUUAAUAAAUAUGAAAGUAGCA